GGGGCAUACAUAAGCGCGCCUCAAUAGCUACUUAGUCAACGCGGGUCAAAUAUUUUACUAUUCUGUUGAGGCGGGCUUUUUUAGUGUUCGCUUCUACAGAAGCUGUUGAAGGGGGCUUUACUUGCCCGCCUCAAUAGAUAGAAGCUGUUGAAGGGGGCUUUUAAUUGCCCGCCUCAAUAGGGUCUAUCUGUUGAAGGGGGCUUUUAAUUGCCCGCCUCAAUAGGCUACAUUAAAUUUUAAAAAAAUAAAACCACCGCCAAACGUACAGAUCGAUAAGCUUCUCUUCUCUUCACUUCUCUUCUCUUCACAUCUCUUCUCUUCACCGCGCGACUCCACCACCACCAUAACCACCACCACCACCUUCCUCACCGCGCGGCUCCACCACCACCAUCUGAAGGAGAGUUUCCCCACCGUCGUCUUCCCUAUCUCGGUUGACUCUGUUUCACACAGUGCCGCAAUAUAUCAAGGGAGAUGAAGCAUCAUUGCAAAAAGCGCUGCAUUUGGUGUACAACCUCAAUCAGGACUGUGUAGAUGUUCUGUUUUAUGCUUCUUGGUGCCAGUUCUCGAGGAACUUCAGACCAAGCUAUUCAACCCUGUCUUCCUUAUAUCCAUCUAUUCCUCAUUUUGCAAUAGAAGAAUCAGCCAUCAGACCAAGGACCGUAGCUACCAUGGAUGAUCAUCGUGAUAAUGAAAUACAGGGAAUUGAUGGAGCUAGUCAUCCUACGGGGGAAUCACAAGGUACCAACACUAGUAAAAAGACCAAAUUCCGUGGUCCGUCAAAAGGAGUUCAAGCCAAAAAGCCUAUGCAUCUUCAGUAUAAUCAAUAUGGAAUCCCCGAUGGAGAAUGGUCAGGAGAAUACGGGAAGCAAGUUGGGUCUUGUGCUGCUAGAAUUAACAUUAAUGUGAAAGAAUAUUCAACGUUAGAUGAACACACAAAGAAGGGGUUUUGGGAGGAGACCAAGCUUCUGUUCCACAUUAUUGAUGAUCCGGCUAAAAGGAGAGAAAAAUAUUUUCAUAUGUGUGUGGCGAAACGCUUUGGAGCUUUCAAGUCCAGGUUAACGCGGCGUUGGAUAACUAAGAAAGAAAAAAUGCCGAAACAUCAGACAAAUGACAUGCCUUGGGACAUCUACCAUCAAAUCACAGAGGAUGAUUGGAAAACAUUUGUGAUAGAACGAAACAAGCCGGAGAUGUUGGUUCGUAGAGAAAAAGCAAGUAAAAGUGCAUUACAAAACAAGCACCCACAUCGCACAGGCCAAAAGGGUUAUGUUAGAAAGAGACCAGAGUGGAUAAAUGAUGGGCGACUACCGCCAGAGGCAGCUUUAACCCUCUCAAGUGGCUCCUCCUCAGUGACCUCAUCACUCACCACAGCGCCAGAUAGAUUUAAGAAGUUUAGAUCAGUAGAGUGGAUCUUGGCUCAUCAAGUUAAAAACAAAGAGGGAAAGUGGGAAGUUGACCCGAAUGAUAAAGAAGCCGUAAAUAUUGCUAAGAUGGCUUUGGAGUACAUAGAAGAAGAGGGAAAAGGAAAUAUUUCAUUCACCCAGGGAGAAGAUGCCCUCACCAAGGCUAUGGGAAAAAAGGAUCACCGUGGGCGUGUCAAGGCAACAGGUGGAGUUAAUGUCGGUUACAAAGUUGCUUUCGGUCCAAUAGACCGAAGUAGUAGAUGUGGCCAUAUUGAACCAUCACCGGAGGCUAUCGAAUCAAUCAGAGCUUCGGUGAGAAGGGAGUUUGAAGAUCAAUUAGAGAGAAAGGUGGCGGAGGCCCUCCAAAACCAACUAGCCACAUUGAAAGCAACCGGUCAACUACACACCCUCUCUACCCCCGCACUUGAUUCUGCUCUUGUAAGUGAUGAGUUUGAUGUUAACCGUGCACUCGUAACCUGUUGUCCGAGUUCAUCGCAGCAACCACGCGAGCUGAAGGCCAUAACUCCAUGUCGUCUUGCCCUUGAGGAUAAAGUUUUGGGUAACAAAGUGAUAGUGGCAGAUGGUAUGGCGUACCCAUUGGAUGGUUCGUUGCACCAACACUUUAGAUCGAUGAAGCCUAGUCAUUAUAAGGUCCAAGUUGAUUGUAUUUACGACGGACAUGAUGAUGACACUCUUCCGGUACCUACUGGAGAUGGAUUCAAUAACUUAGGCAGGGCUCUUGCUAGUUUUGUGCAAUGGCCAAUUCACUUGGUGAUUUUCGAAGAAGACGAGGAGUACUCUACUCCACGCCCAACAAAGAAGUCCAGGAGUCAGAUUUUUGAAGAGGUGGUUGGUAGCUCCAAAGGGAAGAAAAACGAAUUAAUUGUCAAAGAGAAGACAACAGAAUUAGUUGUCAAAGAUAAGACAACAGAAUUAAUUGUCAAAGAGAAGGCAACACUUGAUUUAGGGUCCAAAGAGAAGACAACACUGAAGUUAACGGCCAAGGGAAAUUCAUGCUCAAAUAAGUUGGAGUCGAAAUCGAAGUCGAAGAACUCUAAGACGGCCAAAGAGAUGGUAGGUAGUUGUGAUCGUAAAACUGAAGAAUCAGCCGCCAAAAGUAAGAAGCAAAAUUUGGCAGACGACACAAUUCAAGGUCUUGGCCCAUCAUGCAAUUAUUUGAAGUUUAUCAUCAAUACGGCGCCCGGUGAUGUAUAUAAAAAUACUUCAAUCCCAUUGCCCGCUUCGGUUUGGCAUUAUGACGAAGAUCGACAAACUUAUGUAAAUGAGGUUGACGUUGAAGAGUUCCUUAGAGGGGCGUGCCUCAACAUUUCAGUGAUCCAAGUCUAUAUGAUGUGUUUAUUCCACGAACACACCUUUGCAUUUGACAACUCUCAGAUUGGGUUUGUUUGUCCCGAGGCAAUGUCAAGCUCUAGAAUCAAGGCCAACCCUCAGGCUGCAUCAAUGUAUUUGAAAGUAGUUUUCAAUGCUGAAAUUGAAAAGGAGAAGAAGGGUGAUCCUAACAUUACCAAGUGGUUUUUGAUCCCAUACCAUCAAGAAAAUCAUUGGAUUUUGUACGUGUUAGACCUACGUAGAGGUUGUGCGUAUAUUUUCGACUCUGCGAUAGGUUCCAACCGAGAAAAUAGUGCAUGGGGAAUCUUGUGUUUGGCAUACCAAGUGUACAAGUUUAAUGAUGGGAUUUGUCCGAAUAGAGCGACUAUGCAGGGGUUGAAAGGCUUCCAUGUAAAGUGUGCUCAACAAGUCGGCGCCCACGAGUGUGGCUAUUACGUUAUGAAGUUCAUGCAUGAAAUAGUCACGUUACACCAUAACACUGAUGAGCGGUUAGACAAUGCUUACACUCCAAGAAAUGCGCCUUAUACCGAUGAGGAAAUAGAUGUGGUUCGUGAGCAAUGGGCUAAGUUUUUUACAACCGAGUAUUUAUUUACUUAGGUUGUUUAGACACAAAGAUGGAAGCGUUUAUAUCUUCAUGGAUUUGGCUAGGGAUCGAGUCGAUUGGAAGAAAGUCAACACGACCUUACUUAAGGUUUGUAAUGCAUGAUCUAAAGGGACCUAAGUGGCUGGAUUAGAGACAUUUGUUAGAUUAGCUCUCUAGCCUUUUGUCUUUAGUUGUUAAUAUUAGUUGUAAUUUGUUAGACUAGCUAGGUGUUUAAAAAUUGUAAACAUACGUACUAUAUAUACGCUUUGCUCUGUUGGGU